AUGGAUUUCUUUAAAAGGCAACAUGCAACGGUUCCAGUUCCUGAUCAAGAGGAACUAGAAAUGCUGCGGCAGAAAAAUAAGACAUUGGAGGAGUUAGUAAAGGUUAAAGAAGACGAAUUGCAGGAAGAAAAACAAAAAUUCGCCAUCCUCCAGCAAAAGACUGCCGAUUGGAAAGAGAAAGUAAAACAGUACACUACCCGUGAUAGAACCCGAAUUGCUGAGCUAGAAGAAGAGCUUACAGUGUUGAAAACUAUACGUGACACCAGUAAUGUAGGUAUGUCGGCAGAACUGCAAUCUCUGGUAGAUCAGGCAAUUACAAAGGUGCGUGAUGAACACAAACAACAACUCGAAAAACAACAGGGAGAAUUAAGUAAGGCUCGUGUAACCAUAGAAGAAGGUGAGGCAAAACUACAGGAGGUCCAACAAUCUUUGGGAAAUCUUCAGGAACAAUAUAUUGCACUUCAACAACGAUUCAGUAAUGAAAUGGAGGCGCUGACAAAACACCAUGAUAUGGAACUGCAACAGCUUCGAGAACAUCAAAACAACAGUGAAAAGAUUUCUGAACUUGAGAAGUACAUAAGAAAACAACAAGAAGAGAUAGAAACCUUGGAAAAUCACUCUAAUCAACAGAAAACUCUUUCUGAUGAGAUUCAGAAAGAGCUGGUAGAUCUCAGGGCAGAGAAAGAAAGACUGGAAGCACAAUUGCAUGAUUCUUCUCAGAAAUUGGCAUUCUUCAAGGAACAGCAAAAACAAUGGGUUGAGAAUGCAAACAAUACAAAAUUAUCAGAAGAAAAAACAACCCAACAGUUCCGUGAAACCCUUGAACAAAGACAACAAAGUGGAUCACCCGAAAGAGAUGGCAUUCCAUCACUUGAAAAAUUGCAAAAAUGGAAGGAAAAAGUAAAACAAGAUAAAAUCAAAGAUUUAGAGAAUAUACGUUCUCUAACACAACAGCUUCAGCAAUCAAAACAACGAACACAAAGAGCAAAUAAAAUUAUUAUUGAAAUAGAGGAAGAACUGAAAAACAACCCUCCUAACGUUUCACAUUGUAUCGAUCUUGCACAUAGUUACCAUAUAUCGGAUGAAUCAUCCCAAUCAAAUGAAAUAGCACCUUCUACACAAAGUACUAUGACAUCACCUCUGACAGUGAAAAGCGAAAAGGGAGAAGAGUGCGAUAGUAGCUCUACAGAGCAACAGAAUAAGCUGGAGAGUGCGCUCCAGGAACGAGAAACCUUACAGCGGGAGCUAGACAGUGCACGUGAGGAACUGCGGUUGCUGCGUGAGCAGUUUAGUAGUACCUCUGCAGAGAAGGAGGCUGAGCUGGACAGUGCACGUGAG